UUAUGUAUAUAAAAAACCGAAUAUGUUUUGGGUGAAGGUUGGGUGGGAUGAGUCUACAGCUGGCGAGAAGCAGCCGAGAGUUUCUCUUUGGGAAGUUGAGCCUUUGACAACUUUCCCAAUGUAUCCAUCAACUUUUGCUCUGCGACUCAAACGUCCAUGGCCACCUGGUCUUCCCUCCUUCCCCGGUACUCGCUUGGACCCAUUACAGGGAGAUUUUCCUGAAGUGAUAGAGGAAUAUCUGGAGCAUGGAGUUGUGACAUGCAUCGCCUUUAACAGGCGAGGAACACUUCUUGCUGCUGGGUGCUCUGAUGGAUGCUGUGUUGUAUGGGACUUUGAAACUAGAGGUAUCGCCAAAGUAUUCAAGGACAAGGAUUCAAUUGCUGCCAUAACAAGCGUUUGCUGGUCCAAAUACGAACACUGCUUACUCUUGUCAGCUGCAGACAAGUCCUUGACUCUUUGGGAUGUUGUCAAGGGAGAGAAAAUUGCUCGAGCGAAAAUACAACAAACUCCUCUGCAAGCUCGUCUUCAUCCCAAUUCCUCCACCUCAUCUAUUUGCUUAGUUUGUCCCCUUUCUUCAGCCCCUUUGAUAGUUAACUUGCGCACAUCUACCUUUAUGGUGCUCCCUUUGUCAUUGUCCGACACAGAAAAUGACAAUAAUGCCCUUCCAUCACGUAACAAGUUUUCGGAUGGAUCCACUGGUUUUACGCCUACUGCAGCUUGCUUUAACAAGCAUGGGGAUUUAGUCUAUGUAGGGAAUUCCAAAGGGGAAAUACUUAUUGUGGACCAUAAUAGCCUCCGAGUACGUGGCGUUGUGCCCAUUGUAGGGAGUGGCGCAAUCAAGAACAUUUCGUUUAGUAGGAAUGGGCAGUAUCUCUUGACAAACUCAAAUGAUAGAACCAUCAGAAUCUACGAAAAUCUUUUGCCGGUCAAAGGCGGGCUUCAGGCCCUGGAUGAAUUCAGCAAAGAGCUCGAUGAGAAAGAUGAAUUCGAGAAGUUUAAGGUUGUUCGAAUGAACUGGAAAGCUCCCUGCUUUAGUGGUGAUGGUGAAUGGGUCAUUGGAGGUUCUGCUAACAAGGGAGAGCACAAGAUUUACAUAUGGGAUUUGGCCGGGCAUCUUGUGAAAAUCCUCGAGGGUCCAAAGGAAGCUUUGAUAGAUCUUGCGUGGCAUCCCAUUCGCCCUAUUGUUGUUUCGGUCUCAUUGAUGAGCUCGGUUUAUAUAUGGGCCAAGGACUACACCAAGAAAUGGAGCUCGUUUGCUCUGGAUUUCAAAGAGCUUGUAGAGAAUGAGGAGUAUGUAGAACGAGAAGAUGAAUUUGAUUUAGUGCCUGAAAGAGAAAUAGUAAAAGAUUCUUAUGUUGAUGAAGAUGAGGAGAUUGACAUUGUGACAUUCGGAAAAGAUUCUGUUUUCAGUGAUUCAGACAUGUCUCAGAAUGAAAUACUAUUCUUACCUGCUGACCCGUGUGCUGUUGUUGUUGAGCAGCAGCACAGACAUGCUAUUUUGAAGCAGGAGGAUCCAAAUUCAUACUGCUAUAUGAAAAGAUGACACAGAAGAAACUUAUCUGAAGGGAAAGAGGAAGAACCAAUGGAGCUGGAAGAGUCAUUGU